AUGACGCAUGCUGGCGCGCGGCCAAUGCAGAUCCUAGCUGCAAUCCAAAAGGAGGACCAUGACACGCUAGUCUCUGCUACCGAUAUCCGGAGCGAGAGAAAAGCAGUUCGAGAGAAACAAUUGAGUGGAAGGAGUCUAAUCGAGGCGUUGCUGGACAACCUAUCUACGUCAGACUGGGUCUUCGCGGUCAAGAAGGAUGACAACAACCACGUCCAAAACCUCUUCUUCGCCCAUCAGAAGCAGAUUGAGAUGCUGCGGGCCAAUCCCGAUGUGCUGCUGAUGGAUUGUACCUACCGGACCAACAAGUACAAACUUCCACUACUGCACAUACUCGGCUGCACCAACUUGCAGACUUUCUAUUCUGCAGGCUUCUGCUUCCUUACCAAUGAGACCCAAGCUGAUUACCAUUGGGCGAUCGCGAACUUUCUCCUCAAAACAGGUGUACAAAAGCCCCGUGUGUUUAUUAGUUAUCAAGAGGAAGCAUUAAAGAUGACAGCUCGAUCGUUGCUCCCAGGAGUUCCUCAACUCUUGUGCGUGUGGCACAUCAACAAGAACGUUCAGACGAAGGCGCAACAGACUUGGCGAGAUGCCGAUGGCGUGACGAGAGAGGAGAAGAAGAGGAUCGCAGAAUAUAGGGCUGGGUUCAUGAAGCGCUGGACGCAGCUUGUCUACGCAAAGAGACCAUUAGAGUUCCAACUUAAGUGGGAUGAAUUACUCAAGGACUACAGCCACCAACAAGAACUUUGCAGGUACCUGCGAGACAACCAAUAUCUCACACGCACAGAGUGGGCAGCCGCUUGGAUUUCGCACCACCGACACUAUAACACUAUUACAAGCUCGCCUGUCGAAGGGAUGCACAAGGUCUUGAAGGACUAUCUUAUGACCUCAAGAGGCGAUUUGCUGCGUGUCGUUGGGAGAAUUGAGCAAAUGGUCAGGAGCCAAUACAACAAAUACAGCAAGGACAUUGCUUCUUCUAAACACAGUGUUAAGUUUGAGCAUAGACUAGAAGCAAUGCCAUUCCUGCCUCCUGGCAUCCACAACGUCUUGACGCCGCCAGCGAUCGAGCGCAUCAGGCAACAGGACCUUCUCCGCCAGAAGGAGCAGAGACAACAUCAGGGCGGACACCCUUGUUCAGGCCUGUUCGAAAAAACGAACGGUCUUCCAUGUCGCCAUACGUUGCAAGAAGUGGCAGUGGCUGGAUCGACCCUACGACUGAGUCAUCUGUACGACGAUCAUUGGCGCUAUCAACGCGACCAGGGACCGUCAUUUUAUUUGUCUUCAAGGCCACACUCUUCUGUCCUGGAACCACUCAUCGCUCAAACAAGAGGCGGGCCAAGAAGGAACGACGCAUCGACUCGUCGGAAUCCAUCAGCCUUCGAACAGCGUGUGCCGCCUUCCGUUCCUCGGUUCCAACCUCACUAUCAACCGCAAGGUCAGACACUUGCUGAAGCUUUGCAAGAAGCCAACACCUCUGUCACUAUAUCAGUCCCUACACCUGAACCAGGGAUAAAUCUAGUCACUACCUGCAUAUCGGUAUCGAUUCCUGCCCCUGCCCCUCUACCUCCCCCACUUCACUUCGCUUGUCUCCACCUGUCGCUGUUGCUGGGUCUGUAA